AUGCGGCCUCUUCUGUUGCUCUUCGUAACUGCUGUAGUUGGUGAGAAUCAGCCAUCGCCGAUGUACUCAAAAGUUGGAUGCCGGCCCUUGCAUGGCAUUCUUCAUACAGUAUGUUUGAAAGUUGAACCUUACUAUGGCUAUGACCCAGCAAAGGGUGAAUGUGUCGAAUUUGUUUAUGGUGGAUGUGAAGGGAAUGAAAAUAACUUCCAAACAAAGGAGAGCUGUGAGAAAGCAUGCAUUGAGGGUACAACUGAACAGAUAGUUGUCGAUUCAACAAGCCAUCCUAUCUACGAAACGACUACCAAGCAAUACACUAUCAAAAAAGGUUCUUCUGAUAGACCAGCACUUUAUGUGAUUGAUGUCGUUGGCAAAUUGAUGGAGCUGGAAGGGUUUUUCACAACGAAGAUUGGUUCAGAAGAAGUGCUAAAAGCGUUCUCAUCUGCAAAAACGAAGCAGGGUAGGGAAAAUCUCAAAGAAGCGCUAAAGAACGAAGUUACAAAGGCAAUUGACAAUGCCAUUGCUGGGAAAAAGUCUGCCGGUGUCAAAAAGCGAAAGUGGAAUAAGAAUAGAAGGUUCGGAAAAAGGGGGUUAUGUGAGUAUUUGUCAAAUAGAGGUUGAUA